UCUAAAUUAAUUUCUUCUUAUUUCUGUAGCUUUUAGCUGACAAUGAACAUAUAGGGCUUUUGUUGUAAAUUCGAUAACUUUGCAAAGAAAGGUCAUGUAGAGUUGGCAGAGGUCUCAUUUUAACCUGAAACCUGCGGGCUACAAUCAUGCCUCAUUAAGAACGGUUCGGGUUAUUUUUUGGGGUUUCUGAAAAACUCGUUUUCUAGAAAACCAGGUCUUCGAAGGGCUAUGCGGAAGCCGCAUUCGUAUUCGUAAUUAGCAUGGUCGAUAACCUAUAACCCACUAGAUUCCGAGCAAAAAGCGUUUAAUCACUUCGUGGGGUUCCCUCGUCAGAUCCAAAAUAGCUUAUACAGAUAAAAAUGUAGAAUUGAAGGGCUACAAAAUGACCUAUAACACAUUGUUUUAAAAGUUUGUCUAACUAACUGACUGUGGAUAAGUUUUAAUAACAAAGGUUGUCAUAAGUGUUUGAAUAAUUAUGAUUCAGUUUUGAAAAUUACGAAUAAACAUAAAACAGACGUUUGAAGAAAUAAAAUAAAAUAAUAAAUUGACUGAUACGGUAGAAAUAAAGAGCCAAUAAAAAUCAUUUUUCGUUGCGCUUUGCCCAGUAACUUUUCGGAACAAAACGGAAGUAAAAUUGAUGAAGGUUAAACACAAAAAUAUUUUUUUAAAGAAAACGUUAACAUUAUUUUCUAUAAAUGAUGCAUUUUUCUUAACUGAAAAAAAGUGAAUACCUUUCAACGUAAAAUUAUUCACAUAUAACAUAUUACUAUGUGGUUUUGUACAUUAAUUUAUUAUACAAUGACACAGAACUUGAUCAAGUCUCUUCUCAUCAGAGGCCUGCUAGUCGCUAUUGUGAUGUGAGUAUUGAUCUAUUGUUGUUGGAAACAGCAUUUUACAAUUGUAUUAUUCAUUUUUAGACUUUCAUGUGGUGCAUCGACUAAUACUGCUUCAUGUACUAAGAAACCAAAUGCAUGGGCAGAAAAACAAUGUUAUUCGUUAAUAAAUCUGUUUCCUUCAAAUCCACUGUUACCAUGUAUAAAAAGCAUUGGUAGUACAGCAAUAAUGGCACAAUUUUAUAGUGAUUGUUUAGAAACUGCGUGCAAUUGUCAACCUACAUCCAUCUGUCAACCAUUAUCGCCAUUUAUGGCUGCAUGUGCUUCGUUAAACGCUCCAAUCCCCGGACAUGAAAGUGUUUUACGAACCCGCCGUGAUAUAGCAAUCCCAUCUGGUAGUCAAUGUUCUCCUAAAAAUUGUGAUAACCGCUUACCAUGUUCAUCAAAUCCUGACUGUGAAUUUCGAUUAAGAACAACAAUUGCUUCUACAACGACCAAACCAACUACAGUUGCCACUCGAUCAAGUACAACAUUAAGUACACAAAAAAUAUAUUCUACUACGAGACAGACAACAAUAUCGACAGUCUCAAAUCAUCCUACAUCUGCUCGUUUAUAUGAUACAUCACAUUUUGAUAAUUCUACUGGUAAGAUUACUGACAAUUAUACGACAACAGUUCCAAUUCCAUCCUCUGCUCAGUGUAGUGGAUUAGUGUGUUAUAAUUUUGUUCCUACAUGUUCACCAAUAAAUUCAGCCUGUUAUUGUUUUACAUUGGCACAAGGUGACGGGUUUUGUGCAGAAUCAGACUCCUGUUCUGUAUUUUCGACAUGUGAUUCAAACAAUCAGUGCUUGUCUUAUCCAAAUACUGUUUGUGUUAUUAAUAGUUGUUGUGGUUAUCCAAUAUGUUAUAACCUUUCCUAUGCUGCUCUAUGUCCAACAGGAAAUGAUAAUAAUAAUCAAGGAAUAUCUACAAUUACAAUAACAUCAACAAGCACUACUACAACUGGUUUUCCUACGACAGCUGACGAAUGCUCAGUUGAGGGUGAUAAUUAUACAUCAAAUUUAUGUGAUACGAAUGAAGUGGCAUUUAAUAACAGGUGCUACUAUCUUGAUGGAACAACAGGAACAUGUUUAGAUGGUUAUAGUUUAGCGCCUGAAGUCGUUCUCAGAUGUAUUGCAUCACGGUUUGUUGGAUUAAAUUAUAAGACAACUCAGUCAAAUAACUGUUGUAUUUGGACAAGUGAUGUUUAUGAGAAUUAUGGAUUUAAUAGAGGUUGUAAUCAACCAGGGCCAUUUACAGAUCCUCCAGUACUAGGAGGUGCAUCUUGUUUAGCACAAGAAAAUCAUUUCCAACUACAGCUGACUUUCUGCGGAAGAUAA